CUGGUACUGGUUGUACUAGUUUUUAAAAUUUUCACUUUUAUAAAGCAAAUUAAACUUGCAUUGCACUUUUACUUAUUCUUCACUCGACAAACAAACUCCAUAAAGUCAUCAUCAUACAUACACUCAUGCAAUUCCGCAAAACACAACUUUCCCAUAAAUUGUUGGCAUGUGUUGAGUGAGAGAACCUGAAGUAAACGCCGCCGAAAAUGCAUGCCAAGACAGAUUCAGAGGUGACAAGCCUCGCCCCAUCUUCGCCGACGAGGUCCCCUCGGCGUCCUGUUUACUAUGUCCAGAGUCCUUCUCACGACGGAGAGAAAACAACGACGUCGUUCCAUUCCACACCUGUGCUCAGUCCCACGGGUUCUCCCCCGCACUCCCAUUCCUCCGUCGGCCGUCACUCGCGCGAUUCCUCAUCGAGUAGGUUUUCAGGGUCGGUUAAACCCGGAUCCCGCAAGGUUUCCCCUAACGACGCGUCGUCUAAGGGACAAAAGCAGUGGAAAGAAUGCGAUGUGAUUGAAGAAGAAGGGCUGCUUGAAGACGAAGAGCGUGAGAAGGGACUCCCCCGUAGAUGCUAUUUUCUAACUUUUGUUGUUGGCUUCCUCCUCCUUUUCUCCAUGUUUUCUUUGAUUCUCUGGGGAACUAGCAAAUCCCAGAAACCCAAGAUCACAAUGAAGAGUAUCAAAAUUGAACAAUUCAAGAUCCAAGCUGGUUCCGAUUUCAGUGGAGUGUCGACUGAUAUGAUCACUAUGAAUUCCACCGUGAAAAUGAUUUAUCGUAACACUGGAACAUUUUUUGGCGUCCAUGUCACUUCAACUCCUCUAGAUCUCUCAUAUUCUCAAAUCAACAUUGCAUCUGGAACCAUGAAGAAAUUUUAUCAAUCAAGGAAGAGCCAAAGGUCUGUAUCUGUAACGGUAAUGGGGAACAGGGUUCCUUUGUACGGAAGUGGAGCAAGUUUGAGCAGUUCAACCGGCACAACAUUGCUUCCGGUUUCACUUAAACUGAGCUUCGUGGUCCGAUCGAGAGCUUAUGUGUUGGGGAAAUUGGUUAAGCCAAGGUUCUACAUGAAAAUCGAAUGUGAUGUCACUUUCGAUCCAAAGAAACUGAAUGUGCUAAUCUCACUCAAGAAAUCAUGCACAUACGACAGAUGUUAGAUGUAGUGAUUGAUUGAGAGGACCAAUAUAGA